ACAUAGCUAGAAUUCACCGACUUUUUGGUGGACCAACUGCCAGCCAAUUUAAGGGUUAAACUCUGCUCUGGGGAGGGACUAGGACUAUUAGAAAUCAAGACUGUUUUCUUCCUUGAGAAACUACCCAAGGCAUCUUUCUAGAGUCUUCUACUUCUUCCUCAGCUGCCUGCAGUUCUCUCAGCAGAAAAUUGUUGAAGAAGCAUCAGGACAUGCACUCCCCAAAUGGGAACCUUCAUACAAAGGGGCAAAUGGCAGCCUGGCCCUUCUCUAGGCUGUGGAAAGUCCGUGAUCCAACUCUGUUCCAAAUGACCUUGGUGGCUUCUCUGUUGGUUGCUGUUUAUGGCGAUUGUGACCCUCCACCCAACUUAUCAUUUGCUUUUCCAAUAAAUGUGCGCAAUGAGACACACUUCAGAACUGGAACUAUUCUGAGAUACAACUGCCGCCUUGGCUAUGGCAGGAACCGUUUAAAUCCAACUCUUACUUGUAACAAUGAAGGCAAAUGGAACUAUGGUGAAUUCUGUUCUAAGAAACGAUGCAGCAACCCAGGAGACUUACCUAAUGGGCAAGUGGAAAUUAACACAGGUUACGCUUUUGGUUCAAAAAUAGAAUACAGCUGUUUAGAAGGAUAUAUCUUAAUUGGCUCAACUACUAGUUACUGUGACAUCCAAGGUAAUGGAGUUGGCUGGAGUGACCCUGCCCCAGAAUGUAUAAUUGUGAAGUGCCUGCCCCCUCCGAACAUCAAAAAUGGGAAGCACAGUGGUGGAGAUGAAGAUGUUUACAAUUAUGGCUCUUCUGUCACUUACACCUGUGACCCCCAAUUCUCACUCUUAGGCAAGGCCUCCAUUUCUUGCACAGUGGAGAAUAAAACAGAAGGUGUCUGGAGCCCAAGCCCUCCUACCUGUGAAAAAAUUAUCUGUCCUCAGCCAACAGUUUCAGAUGGAAGUAUAGUCUCCGGAUUUAGAUCUACCUAUAAUUACAAAGACUCUGUUGUGUUUACCUGCAAGAAAGGUUAUAUCCUCAGCGGCAGCAGUUUAAUCUACUGUGAAGUGGAUAAAAAUUGGCAUCCUUCUCCUCCCACUUGUGAACUCAAUGGUUGUCCUGGCUUACCAGACAUCCCACAUGCUUUCUGGGUUACACGUGGCUACCACAUGCUAUCAGAAGAGGACGUGUAUGAUGUUGGGACUGUGUUGCAGUACCGCUGCAAGGCUGGUUAUAGAUCCACUACAAAUAAGCCCACCACUCUGACGUGUCAGAAAGAUUUCACAUGGUCCCCAUUCAAAGGGUGUGAGGCAAUAUGUUGCUCUGAACCACCCCUGGAGCCUAAUGAAAUCAUUGCAUCUACAAGAGCAAAUGUCAAUAAUAGCUGUGUCUACACAUAUGGCGACCGUAUUUCAUUUGUGUGUUAUGGGGAACAUUCUACUGCUACAUGCACAGAAGAUGGCAUGUGGUCUCCCAGAACACCAAAAUGUGUUCCAGGUUGCCAUUUACCUCCUAAAAUUGACCACGGACACUCCAAAAAAAGUGGUUCAUUUUGGAACAUUCAGUACACGUAUGAGUGUGAUAUAGGAUACACUCUGGUUGGAGAGGCAAAAAUCUCCUGCGAUGAUUCAGGCUGGUCACCUCCAGCUCCUCAGUGUAAAGCUCUGUGUCUGAGUCCAGAUAUUACCAAUGGAAAGCUGUCUGUGGAAAAGAUUCAUUAUAUUGAACCUGAAACUGUCACUGUCCAGUGCAACUCUGGUUAUGGUCUGGUUGGUUUCCAAAAUAUCACUUGCUCAGAGAACAGAAGCUGGCAUCCCAAAGUGCCCAAGUGUGAGUGGGAAGUCCCUGAAGGCUGUGAGAAGGUGCUGGCGGGUAAACACCUCAUGCAGUGUCUGCCAAAGCCUGAAGAAGUGAAAUUGGCCCUGGAGUUAUAUAAGCUGUCUCUGGAGACUGAACUACUGGAAUUAAAGAGAGACAAGGCAAAAAAUUGCCCUGUGGAGCCGUCUUUCCCAAAAGAAGAGAAAACUGCUUUGUCACCUGCAACUGAAUCCAGGGAAGUUCAGACCAGCAACCUUACUGCCAUUUUGCCCCCAUGAUUCACAAUAAAUGUCUGGUUAGGAGAAUUUGCUAAUGUUUAGUGCUUUUGAAAUUAUGGAAUUAUUGAUCAUGUGUCCUCUUGGGGCUUAUGUUUUUGCUUUUCUGGAUGUAAAGUUCAGUUAUUUUUUUCAAUUAAAAAUACCUAUAUCAAAAACUA